ACAUCUGAUCUCCAUUCCAGUUUUGCUCUUUCUUCUUGUUUACUUACAUUUGGUUAAUUCUCUUUCUUUUUUAUUCUUUAGUUGAAAUUACUAAUUAAUUAUUAUUUUCUAUUCUAUUACCAUUAUCAUCAGUUGAUCUAAUUUCAUCAGUUUAUCAUCUUUACAUGUCCUUGGAAAGGAGAGAGUACAACAAGAGAGUCAACAUUGAUUAGUAUCAACAACCAACAUCAUCAACAUCAAACAACAAGAUCAACAAUAAUUUUCUCAUCAAGAUUGGUUGUAUUUCUGGUUGAUUAUGUUUAUUGAUAAUCAACAACAAUUUCCUCUUACCCCGAUCUUCAUGAGAGUAUCUUUAUUGUGAUUCAUCUUAACCUUUUAAUUACCUGAUUUUUUUUCAGAAAAAUUCAACAUUCAACAAACUAACAAUGUGUCCAUACCUUUGAUUAGAUUUUCCUCUUGCUGUUUUCUUGAUUAUUCUUUCUAUUAUUAGAUAAUCAAUUUAUUAAUUUCCUCGCCUCGUUCCAUCCUUUCAAUCACUUGUGUGAAUACACUAACAACAUUAUCAAAUUUUAUUCUGACCUCAGUGAUUUCUCAACAGAAUUUAUUAUUUUUGCUGUGAUUGAACUAAAAACCCUAACACUUAACAGUUGCAGUUAAAAAAGUGACAUGAACAAACUGUGAUUUUGGUUGAUUUUUUUCUCUCUACUAUCAACACUAAUUGUAUUUACAAUUUGAACAAUUAACGGUUACCUGUUGACGUUUUUUCUUGCUUCUAUUCUCCAGUUAACCUUGCCUCUUUUUCCUAUUCAAUUAGAAUCAAAGUAAACCUCACUUUCCAUUCUGUGUGUUUGUGUCUAUUUAUUUUGUGAGCCCUAAAAAAUUUACUCUAUUUUUCUUGAAACUACAUGAUUACGAUGAUUAUCCUUCAUCUUUUAAAUUGUUUCUGUUGAAAAUACUAUUGACUGAUGAAAAUUUCUAAUACCAUCUAAAUAAUGCUGACAACAAUCAUCAUCAAUGAUCAUCCAAAGGUUAUCUCAAUUUAACCACAGUUAAUUCCCGGUUCUCAGAAAUUUAUUACAUUUUAUCAACCUUUUACUGUUAUUAAAAAUCAUGGAUAACAAUCAUUGGAAUGAUUCUCCAACUCAAUUUGAAACUAAUGGUGAUUCCAAUCAUUCAGACAAAUUUAUUCUCUUGCCAUAUGAUAGAUUUCGUAAUUGGAUUCAUUGUGUUGCAUUGGUUACUUUUGACAUUGAAUUAGGACAAGCGAUUGAGAAAGUUUAUCCCUCUCAUGUUAAACUGAGCGAAAGAGAGAAAACAAAUAUAUGCUACUUGUCGUUUCCAGAUAGUAACUCGGGCUGUAUGGGUGAUACCAAAUUUCAUUUUCGAACUCGAUUAGGUCCAAUGGCACGUAAAUCGUUCACCAUUUAUCGUGAUUACAAUAAUGAAUGUUUAAGUGCUCUUCAGGCCGAUGCUUGUUACAUUUACGGUUAUGUUUAUUUUCGCCAAGUUAAAGAUCGAACUGCUCGUCGAGGCUACUUUCAAAAGUCUCUUGUAAUACUAACAAGGCUUCCGUUUGUGAAUCUAUUUUCUCAAAUAAUAUCUGUGAUAGCUCCACAAUAUUUUGAUAAUGGAGAAGAAGUUUUAUUAGAAGCCAUUAAUAAUAUUGAUUUAUGGCCCUCACCGAGUCCAGGAUGUACUCUGAAUCUCCCUCUAUUAGGUUUUCAUUUACAAAUUCAUAUUCCUCAUAAAAAUGAUGAUUUCAGUUGUUCUCCAACAAGUGAAUCGGCGGCUAAAUUUCCUUCAUCACCUUCAAGUAACAAUCUACUCAAUGGUUCCACUUUAGCACUACCCGCCAUCAUAAUACCCUCUCUUUAUGAGUUUAACAUUUUUAAAUGUUUCCUUUCCAUAAUAUCUCACAUUCAACUUAUGUGGGAACUUGUUCUUACCUGUGAACCAAUAAUCGUCAUGGCACCAACACCCGAUAUUUGCUGUGAAAUGGUCCAAUCUCUGGUCUCGAUGAUUUGGCCUUUAAAAUACUCUUCCGAUUUUCGGCCUUUCUUUACGAUUCAUGACACCGAGUUCAAAGAGUAUACCCAGAAAAGUCAAUCACCACCUCCUGUGAUACUUGGAGUUACGAAUCCAUUUUUUGCGAAAACUUUACAACAUUGGCCUCAUAUAAUCAGAAUUUGUGAAUAUACUCCUCCUUCUCCGAAAAAAACUCCCGCUGCCAAGAUUUGGAAAGGAAAGACAAUUAAAACUCUUGAAUGUAAACCAGGUUUAUACACUCGAUAUAAGCCUUUUCUUCAGCAGGAUCAAGUGAUUUUAAAGAAACUACUCAAAGGAUUAGAAUCUCGUCGUCCCCAUGAAGUUCAAAGUACUUUGAUGAGACGAUAUUUCAUUGAAUUAACAUCGAGCUUUCUAAUUCCUCUAGAACGUUAUUUAGCCUCUCUGAUGCCAUUACAAAAAGAUAUUUCUCCCUUUAAAUCAACCCCAAUGAUUCAACCCUUUAAUCCUGAUGAUUUCCUAAAAACCCUGGAAACUUCUGGUCCCCAAUUGACAACCGGUAUCAAAGGUGAUUGGAACUCAUUGUAUCGUAAAUUUUUUCGAACUCCCAAUUUCUCUGCCUGGUAUGAAUCUCGAGUUGGUGAGGUCAGUUCAAAGUUGAAAGCUCUUCACAUUGAAUCAAUUUCAAAGGCAAAUCUUGUCUCAUGGAUUGAAGAUAAAGCAGAAAUUGAAAUAGUUGAUCUAAUAUUAACCAUGAAGGAAAAACUGAAAACCGUUGACAACGAAAGUUUACCUGUUGACAAAGGUAUUGUCGAAAAGGUUGAGAUUCAAUUAGAUGGUGUGAUUAAUUGUUUACCUCAAGAUUUACAUGACAUUCUACGUAAAUAAUCAUCAACAAUCAAUGGAAAUAAAAGUUUUUGCUCAUAAAACAAGAAAAAAGCAACGAAAAGAAGGAAACAACAAUCAAAAUAAUUUCUCCAAAUUCAAUCAACAGAUAAUCAGAUACAAAUUAUCAUCAACAACUUUUGCUUAAAAUCAUUUCACAACUUUAAUUGAUCGGCAACAAUCAAACUAAAAACACUUGAGAAUUGAACUUUCAAACAUAACUUUCAAUGUUAUGACCACUAAUCAACAACAACAACAUCAUUAGUAGUUUAUUAUUAAUAUUUUCAUUAUUAUCAUCUUCAUCAUAGUUAUCAUCAUCAUAAGACACAAUGAUUAUCAUCCUAAACAAUGAUCACACCAAAUAUAAUUUGAAAACAAAAGCAAAAGGAGAGGAAACUAAUUUUGUUCAAUGAACAAUUAAUUUCACUUAUAUAUAUUAUUGUAUUAUCAAUUUAAAUUGUAGAUUGUAUUUUAAAAUAUUAUUUAUUUUGUUUCCACUUAAAUCAUCAACAAAAAAAAACUAAUUGUAAUCCAACAUUGGAGAAGACAACAAAGCUUAAUUGUAAUAAUGAUAAUAAUAUACUAAUAAUAAUUAUCAAUGAUGAUAAUAGUUA